UCACAGGAUUUCAUUGGACGAGAAUGGAAGAGGGUGGCGCAUGCGCGUUAUGCCGACGCCAUCUCUGCGACUACUGUGCCUAUUAUGUACUUGUUCUAGAGUAAAGUGAAUGCUAAUUCGUGGUAAAAAGUGUGAAUAAAUCAUGGAAUUACAUAGUCGCGAGUGAGAUCAAGUGUGUGUUCGCAGUGAUUGAACAAGACAGUGACAUCACGGAGACUUCGCCAACGGCGGGUCAUAUCUUGCGGAAGUUUCUUGGCUAUAGCAACGCAUAUUUUUUGCGGCUAUCUCUGCCGCGGGCUGCUACACAGGACUUAUUUCAUGGGCCUCUCUCGCUUUGACAGCUAGUGCUUGUGUACGGCCGGCAGGCGAGUUUUAGACGCGUUUGAAAUGAAUUCUGCUUUAAAGCCGGUGCUGCCCCAGCCGGGAGUGCCGCAGCCGGGCGGACAGGCGAGCCCCGCGAAGGGGAACGUGGCCACUGCCAACCACACCGUAGGGCACCCGCAGGGCGCUCAGAACUCGCUGCACCACGCCAGCAACAACCUCGUCGGCCAGAACCUGACGCACCACGCGCCCGCGCCGCCGCUGCCUCACGCGCCGCCGCUGCCUCACGCGCCGCCCCCCAUGGCGCCCGUGUCCGCCAACAUGGCGCAAAUGGCACAGAACAUGAGUCACCAUGGCAACCUCUCACAUGUCACCCAGAACUCUGUUGGACCUUCCAAUUUGGCUGCCAGUCCAAGCAAAGGCGGCAACCCAAUCACUCCCCUGAGUCUUGUGCAGGACAAAGCUCUUGCUCUCACACGGACCCCUGAGAAGAAUGAGCCAGAUUCCACUGGUCAUGCUAACGGUACUAUUGAAUCGCCUAAGUCUGGAUCAAAUGCUCCUGCUGCAUUAAAACCUCAGAACCCUGAGUCUAACAAAGACAAACAAGACAUUGCAAAGACAUCACCAAGUACACCAAAACCCCCUGAAAAGCCAGCCAGUGCCCCAAGCACCCCUCAGAAAACAGAGGCUGCUACUCCAAGUACUGCAAGUACUGUUGAUGGCCCCUCUCAACCCAAGGUUGCAACAGCUAAUGAGCCUCCAGAGAAGUCACCAUCUAAGCCAUCAGAAUUGAAGCCUGCACCAACUGCAGACGUGGCACCAACACAGAGCGACAGCAAGCCUGUGCCAGAGUCGGCUAAUGACAGUCAGUUACAGGAGAAGGCACCAACACCUGUGAAACAGGACCCUCCUGCCGCUGAAAGUGCAAAAGUUGAGAAUGUGCCGGAAGUUAAACCAGAAGAGAAGAAAGAGGAGCCUAAAGUUGAGCAGAAGCCAGCCACAACUACUGAGGAGAAGAAAGAGGAAGUAGUAGCGGACAAACCAGAGAAAUCUGAAUCUCCUAAAAAGGAAGAAGUUGUUGAGAAAGUGGUUGAAAAGGUUGAAGAGAAAGUUGAGGACAAGAAAGCUGAGCCUAAGCCUGCUAAAGUGGAGUCUAAGCCCAAGUCUACGAUGAAGCUGGCGACGGUGACGCCUCCUAUGAGGAAGAGGAGACAAGUGUCUCCGAGCAAGUCCAGCGAAGGGCCCACUCCAGCCAAGAAACCAGCUGAAGGUGAAUCCACUCCAGACACCAGGAUGAAAAGGAACAGAACAAAGGUGCAGUUAUACCAGUCUCCGACUCCUGAGCUGGCGAUGGCCACGAAGCUGUCAGCAUCAGCUGGCCGCUCCACGCCGACUAAACCUAAUGAUGACAAACUUAUUGUUUUCUACAAGAACGAGUACUUAGCAGUCCGCAAUGCUGAAGGUGGUUUCUACGUGUGCCAAGCGAUGCAGAAUGUCUACCGUACUACGCGCAAGAUAAAGAUUCGCUGGCUCUCUCAAGACAAGACCGCUGACCCGGCUGGCGAGACUUACAAGCCUGAUUUCUAUGAUGUCACUGACAUGGAGUGUGUGCUAACAACACUAUCCCUGGCUCGUGCGGCGGGAGGUGCUCAGCUGCUGCGAGCGAACGAAGCGGCGCGAGCGCAGUCCAUACUGCAGCGAGCGCUGCGGGCCGAGGCCACGGGCGAGCGCGCCGGCCCCGCGCUUACUGAGGAACAUCCUGAUGGACUGGACCUCUCGCUGUACAAAGACGAGUCGCAACUAGAGAAGAAGGGCCGCAAACGAAACAGUUCGAAAUCUUCACCGAGGGCUAAACUCGACAACUCGAACGAUUCAGAGGAAUCGGCGACGCCCGUGAAACGUGCGCGGUCGACGCCAAAGCGCAGUCCAAAAAGCGCUCGCAAAACUAAAGCACAGACAAAAUCACAAAGUAACAAUAAAAGAAAAUCUCCAGGUAGUACGCCCGCUGUGGCAAGUACAAGCAAGACUGCGACGGCGGUUAGCGAGAAGGCUAAGGCAAAAAGUACGCCCGCGAAGAGAACGCCCGCCAAACCGAAACCUGAUACGCCGAUGCCUACACCUACGCGUAAAGGACGGAGAGCGGAAGCGAAAGCGUCGCCAAUAGUCCCGACCCCGUCGACAUCGACGGGUAAGAGCACCCGUACGCCUCGGAAGCCGCCCGCGAAGAAAUAAUACAUGUUGUGCGUCACACAACAGUUCUAUGAACGAACACUUUGACCAAGUACGUAUGUUAUGUACUUUUAAGUGUCUUAACGUUAAACUAGGUUCGGCCCGUUAUUUUGAAAGAAGGUUGAAUAAGGCUGGUCUGUUUUCUCUUUUUGUUACACUGGCUGGAAAUUGGGUAGUGAUUUAUUUGUACUUUCUUUUUUCAUUUUAGGUUAUGGUUACAUGAGAUUCGUAUGGUGGGAAUAGGCGCUGUAGAUACAGCUGCUUUUUUAUAAAUUUUGCGAAUAGAAUUAUUGUUCAGUUUUAUCUGAACGAAUCAACGUCAAUUUUACAUAAAACAUAAUGCAAUGUCUGUAUUCACUACCCAAAUUCUAUUUCCAGUGAGGAUCAUAAGUUGUAUCUUUCUAGUAGAUAUUUAUUAUGGGUCAACUUCUGUCUGCAUAAUCAUGGUUUAUUGUAACUUUAUUUUGCUGGAAUCUGGUAUAAUAUUUACUUACUAAACAUAUUUCUUUAUGUUAUGAAAUGAAGUACAUUGUAAUAAUAACAGAUAGCACAAUUUGUGUAUUUUUGCUUUCUAUUCAUUCUAUUUGAUAAGUUACUUGUUUAUAAGAUUUAAAAUAAAAGAGCAAUGUUUUGGGUUCUGUAAUUUUAUGGCAACGAAAUCUACUUUUUGUACGUGGUCACACCGCGACCGAAGGCCGUCAUAUUUGGCGGGAAAAAUGGUGUUGAAUGUAUUUCACAAUAUUAACUUUUGUUAUUUGUAAGAGCCCAGUCUGUGUUGCCAUGUUGGGAUAAUUAUGUCUUACUUUACGUUUGUAUGAACUAUCUGACGUGUGAGCAGUAACCUGAAGCAAUAAUGAUAUUUUGCGUACUUACACUACAUGAAUACAAACUCGCAUAGUAUGGCGUUUGGGAAUUAUUGAACGAUGAAAGUUUCCUUAGCAAUAUUUUGCUAAACAACUUGAGAGAUUAGAUAUAGAGCAAUGUUCUACCUCGGAAUUCGAUAUAUUUAGUGCAUUUUAAAAUGAUGGAUUUUUAUAUUAAUUGAAAUUUUAGGGGAAUUAUAAGAGUUAAUCGUGUAGUGUAAGAUUACGAAAGUGUAAUAGUGAACGUUUGACAUCACAAUGUAUUGAUAUUCUACGAUAAAUUGUUUAGGCAAGUGGAGAGCGAAUUAACAGGUUAAUAUAGUUUUACUAACGCGAACUAACUACUAAAUGUAAGAAACUUCAUUCUUUGUAAAUAUUUACAUUUAAGGAAAUGUUAACAACAUCAUUUUUAGGGCAUAACUACAUUUAUUCGCAAUGUUAGUUCACAUUUUGAAAUAUAAUAAACUUUUAACAUUUUGAGAUUUAUCUGGAUCUAUUGUUGUCGUUGUACAGUUCAAUUUAGUAGCCUAGCAACACAAUAACAUUAAUUCAAUAGCAUAACAUAAUGUUCUCACAAGUUUUAAACAUUUUACCGUAGGAUGAUGCGUAUAAAUGUAGAUAGUCCCUUACACGGUAACGGUCGAUGUGACAAAGAGGUUUUUCGCCUCUAAAAUUAGGCAAUAGAUUUAGAAGUUUCUUUUUUACUAAAUAAGAUUAGGCUAAAAAUUCUAAAGUUUGCGUAGUAUGAAUUAGGUAUUGCGUCGAAAAUCUUGUAUAUCAGUACAAAGAAUUUAAAAUUUAUCAGAUAAUGAUUUUUAUCAUUGGUCGUUUUGCUUCACAUAAAAAUAUAUUUUGAUAUGAUCAGUGUUUAUUUUUGAAUUAAGAUAUAGAAAGUGUGCUGUCGCGGUCUGUGGGAACUAAACUGUCGUUUCAAACUACUCAUUAGUAGAAGAAAUUUCAAAAAUGUCUUCUUCAUAGUACUAUGAUUUUUUAUAACCGUUUGGACCAAGCUUUUUAUUGUGAAUCAUGAUUGUAACAUGUACAGUCGUAUACCAAAUGUUAUAAAUCUAUCACUGCCUGUAAAAAAGUAACUUGAAAUAUAAAUUGUAGUUAAAUGAAAUAUAUUUACCACUAUUACGACAGUGUCAUGAUGUUCUAGCAACAAGCGGUACUCGCGCGGUAUCCGUUGUCAGACAGUGACAUAGUUGUACGCGGUUUGAAACCUAGAUUCUACAUUUUGUUACUUACAUGACUAUUCUAAGAUUGUUUAUACAUUUGCGGUGAGGUCCCCGUAUAUUUUUUGUUAAAUUGUUUUCCAUUAUACCCUUACGUUGUUAUCAAUAAUGAGCUCGUCUCGGGCGUGAGAGUGUGUGUGAACAUUAGAAAAUCUAAGUACCUAAAUUUUAGGUGGUAUUUUUAAAUAGGUUAAUUUCUUGAAGAGAAAAGAAUAAGCUUAGAGUAUAAAUUAUUGUGUGUGUAUUUUCUGUUUAUAACGUGUACCUACUGAGUGGAACGAAUGUUUGCGACAUUGUCAUGGCACUCUGGUACAAUAGUUGUAAAACAUAAUUUUAGCGUUUUAUACAAAAAAGAUAUCAGUUCGAGAGUACUAUUGUAACAGAAAGUCCACAAAUUUAUAUGCAAUUUAAAAUAAAUAUAACGAUUUAAGAAAA